AUGGCUCCGACCAUCAGAAGAGUGCAAAGCCAAGAGAUUAUUAACGUCAGCCUGGAUUCGUUCUCGGACCCGGUCUUGAAAAACACUCCACCGCGAUCCGCGCCUUCACCAGUGAACGACGAGACUGGGGAAGAAGACCGCAUUGAGGAGACUCUCACUUACGAGCCUCCUGCGGGUGAUGCAUGCGGCGGGGAGGUGCAUCCUACAGACGUCGCCGACGGUUUUGUCAAAGGCCCACCAGUGGCGCUCGGACGCGACAAAUCAGCUCAAGCAGCGACGACGUCCAGGGAGCCAAAUCCGGCCACACACGAUACUCAAGCCAUAGGAGCGCACCUGUAUAGCAGCGCUACCGCCGCUGUUGACACAGCAGGAGAGGUGAAGAUCGCUCAACUCCAGGAAGCCGAAGAAGAUCUGUACGGAGCAACUCCUCCACGCAAGAGCCAAAUUGUCCUCCUGGAGCCAGGUGAACGGAGGGAUUUGACGCAUGUCCCCACGACAGCUGUAGCUUUGCAUUCUACUGCCUCGAUCGAGACUGCAACGAAAGAGGGUGGCUCUGAGGCAGCUCCGCCGCAGACAGCACCACAGUCGACCGUUCAGCACCUGGCAACGCACAUUCAUGCUGUAAGUACAGCAUUGUCGCUAGCUGAACACGCAACAUCACAUACCACCGUAAUGGCUUUGGGAAGCAAGGAAACGCGGUCCACUGGAAAGCUGCCUUCGGGCAAAGGAGCGCUUGCCGCACUGCAAGCGAGGAAGCAGCGAUCUUGCGGUCACUCCAGAGAGGCGUCUACCAAGCAAUUCCAGAAAGCAGUUGCAAAGGAAGGUCCAGCUACGAAGCUAGCCGGAGCCCGUUCGCGCCCAGUAGGCUCGGUUUCAAAGGGCCCAUCUGGAGCUACCAAGGUCAAAGACACAAUGAAGGGCGAUCCAAUUCUUCGCACUACCGCCAAAGGCAGCCCCUCGACUCGCUCGUAUCCUCGAGAAUCUCCUCAAAUCAAGCCUGCUGAUCGCAAGCGCAAAGCCGGGUCCGGGAUGGUCGAUGGAGAGAGUAAGAGCACUGAUGCACCUGACCAUGUCAACAAACGAGCGAAACCCGCGAUGCGCAACAGGAUCGCUUCGCCGACAGUGAGCGCGGCACAUCAUUCGGAUCAUCGUCCAUCGAGUGACGUCUUCGAUCUUCCUGGGUCACCUACUGAAGCUGAUCCCAUCAAAGCAGCAAGAAAGCGUAUCAGCAGGCCUGUCUUAGAGGCCGCCACGGCCGCCAUUGGGAUAAAGACUGCGGCACCCGAGAAACUUUCGGCGACAGUCAAGGAAAAGCCAAGUCAGAUGCCUGUUGAUGAGCAUGAGGGCCAGAGACGACAGCUUCGCCCAAGGAAACCAAUGCGACAGCCUCAAAUCGAGGAGGAAGCCGAUGGGAAGGAGGAAGUUGUCGUUGUCGAUGGAGCUGGGCCUCAUCACGCUAAGAAACCUGAUGCCGAAGCCUCAUCUGCCGGUGACUCUGUGAAGCCGCACGAGAAAAUCGCUCAAGUUGUUCGGCGGAGUGAGCAUUUGCAAGGAAACGAGGCGCGUCAGGGUCAGGAGGUCAACUCUGUGGGCUCUCGCCCGAUUACAAGCAUCGAACCUGCCGUUUCCCUGCCAGACAAUGCCAAUCCAACAGGCAGUCAGUUCAAUGCAAUCGUCCUCUCCGACGGCAGCGAGUUGAGCUCAAGCAUUGAAUACGGCUCUCCACCACCUGGGCUGUUGCCAGACGUGUCGCCUGAGGUGUCUCGAAGACCAGCUACUCGACUUGAGACCCCUGCAGCUAUGCAAUCUAGCCCGCCCAGGGCUUUCUCGUAUGCUGGGUCACAGUCGCGUCGUGGUACUGGUCGGUCUCGCAACACACAAAUCAUCGGAUUUGGCAAAGCAGGUCCUCUCAAUCAAGGCUCAGUUCCAAAGUCGUGGCACACGAACGCUUCCGUGCCUCCCUCGACUGUUCCCCUGAAUUGGGGCUCUGCAACCGGAAGUGUCAUCAACAUGGCGCGGAAGAAAGCGUCAUCUGUUGCGACAAGUGUGCGCAGUGGGAAAUCUAAUGUUGCUGCACCACCCAGCAAUGUAGCCUACGAUGUGCACGACGCCCUUGCGGGGCUGGCUAAAAGCAGACCACAAGCACCAGUCGGUACCACUUUCACCGUCAACGCUGUUCAACUCCCAGUGUCAGCUUCAGAAGAACGUGAGCAUGGUUCGGGAAUGCAUGCGACUGAAGUAGAUCACGAAGAUCAUGACAGCGGAUUCAACACUAUCAACGAUUUGGAGAACUUCAUCAACUCGCCGUCGCCAAGUMAACAGCUGCAUGCAGAGUUGGAGCAAGCACCUACUGCUUCCCAGAUCAUAAUGCCUCCGCCACAACGCAAAAUACAUUCGCCGCAAAUGGCUACAGAAGUCAAAACAAGCGAACCAAACAGAGCCACCGCAGUGUCACGUCCGUUUUCCACCGCAUAUGCAGCAACACAAUCGCGAAGUAGGACAGGAAUAUCACAGACAGCUCAACGCGACCCAAUCAUAGCGACAGAGCUAGUAGGAACCGGAGCGACUACGUCAAUCUCAAGUGGCCCAUACAAGUCCGCCGCAAAACAACCAAUGCCAGCAGAUGCGUCCGAAGGGCCACCUCCGAAACGUGCGAAAGCGACAAGCUCCAAGGUAGAGAUUGACACCGAGUCUUUCUCUUCGAACAUUGCGAUAUCGAACAAGGCGGAAGCAGGAAAGUCUGUCGAUGCUCGACGCUCGGUGGGUCCAAAGGAGCUUACUACAAGUCAUCCCAAGACAACGACACUCGUUCCCGCUCAGCCGGAGAUUGAGCACACUGCAACGGCGUUUAAAAAGCAAAGCGUAAAGUUCGCGACGGCCGUGGGGUCAAAAGACCACUUUUCUGAGCCCCAGCCGCCUGAGGAGCCGAGUCCUUUCAAGACGGCCGACCCCCUUCCAAGGCCCAUCAACCCAGUAGUUACUCGGAACGAGCAGCCCAGACGUCUCAAUAAUGCUCGACGAAAAUCGAAUCGUCAACUGUCCCAGAACUCGCAAACCGUCGACUUAAAUGGCAGUCCAGUACCACCUGAUAUGGAUGUCGCCGAGGCUUCUACUGUCCUUGAAACGUUCUCGCAACAAGCAGACGAGUCUUCAGUCCGCUCUCAGCAAACUUCGCCCCACCUCAAAACUCCCAUGAUCUUAGCCGAUCAUAUCGAAGAUGCCGCUUACUCGGUGCCGCCCUCGCAUCAGCCACCAGCCCUGCCAAGCAACAAGAAGGCACUGCCCGGCCCUUCAGGCUCGAGCUCCAAGACUAUGCGGCAUGUCAAACUCACAGAGGCGGAGUUAGAUUUGGUGAUGAACAGGCGCAUCGAAAUGCCAGCCGGAUCUGAUCCGUUUGCAUCAUCACGCGAAGAAUCUCAAGGCUUCGUCUACGGUGCUCAGCAGGGAGAACAUUUACUCCAGCGGACGCUCAACUUAGCUUAUGACCUCGGACAGCCUGCUGUUGAGAAAGCAACGAGAUCUAAUAUAGGGUUGCGAUCGCCAGUGCAGAAAGUGCCGACAAAGCCCCCCGAGACAGUGACAGCUCCCGAAUUCACCAACAAGUUUGCAUCAGAUCUUGAAAAGCAGGUUGCGGCCAUCCGUGAGCAUAUUGCCUUUACUCGUGCUGUCGACGAAGACCCAGACAAGACCCUCGUGGACGACUGCAGCCAGGAGACCGAGGUCUCCAAAGAAGUCUCGGAGAUUUCUUCACCAGUUUCGUGUUCAGGUGGCACGCCGGAGAUGUUCGAAGAGCCGGAGCCUAGCUCGCAGUCGUCGGAAGGAGAUGAAGAAGAUUUACGUGUAUGGCGAAAAGGCUUGAAGCUGCAUCAGCUUGGACUCUAUGRGGAACUCGUGAGGAUUGCUCGCGUCGUGACUGGGUACGUCGCUGGGCAGGAGGCCUCCGCCGAGAUCAUGAUCGACGACAACUAUCGACGGGAGUUGAUCCUGAUUGAGCGGGAAGAAGAAGUACAGAAGAAGCAGUACAAGCAGUACAUAUCAAAUCUGCAACAGAAGAAGAACGAGAAGAUUCGGGAGCUGCUGGAUCUCGAAAAGGUCUUGCUGGGAGUGCUAGAUGCUUCAGCGGCCUCUUGGGAGGAGCACUGUCGAGGAAGAGCCGAACGGGAGCAUGCUAAUCGGAAGAUUGAUGCCCUGAUUGCCAGCUGUUCUUGA